AUGAAACAGUACCACCUGAAUGAAACGCUUCCGUCUUCGUUUCAAUUUGAAGCAUUAUUUACAACGGAAAACGCGAAACAUUUCGUAAAAAGAUAUUGGAGUUAUACAUUUCAUAUAUCUGCUAUUUAUUUGCUCGUCAUCUAUUUUCUACGACAAUUCAUGAAAUCCCGUUCCGCAUUCGAUCUCAGACGGGUAAACAUUAUCUGGAACGGAAUUCUAGCAUUGUUUAGCAUUUGUUUUACAAUAAGAGUAGCGCCCAUACUAAUGUAUGAAUAUCGAAAUUUCGAUUUCAUUUUUAUUUUAUGCGAUAAAUUAUUUAUUCAGAGUAUACCGAGAUUUACAUUCUGGGCUUUAUUAUUUUUAUUUUCAAAAAUUUUAGAAUUAGGAGAUACUUUAUUAAUUGUUUUAAGAAAAAGAAGGUUGAUGUUUCUCCAUUGGUAUCACCAUGUUGUCACUCUAGUUCUAGUUUGGUUUAUUUCGUAUCGAGAAGUUAGCAUUGGAAUAGUGGCUGGUGUUAUUAAUGGCCUUGUACAUUCUUUUAUGUAUUUAUAUUUCACUGUGAAAGCCAUGAAUAUUCGGAUUCCCACCUUUGUGGCUAUGUUCAUUACUGCUAUUCAAACGUUGCAAAUGAUGUUAAUGGCUUCAUUUACCAUUUGGAUGUAUUGGAGACUCAUUAAUAAACAAGAAUGUGACUCUUCGAAAGAUGAAUUAGAAUAUAUUUUUCUUGUUUAUUUAUCCUAUUUAUUUUUAUUUAUUUAUUUAUUUUAUAAUUCUUAUAUAAGAUUUUCUACGAUUAAAAAGAAGAUAAUGUAG